UCUUCGAAUCACAUUAGCUGAUAUGUCAAUCGAUCUCUAUUUCAUCCAAAGAUUACUAAAUAAAGGGCAAAAAAACCAUGUUCGUUAGGUUUCUUAGCCCAACGACUCAUCUCUGUUGCCCGCCAAGGUACUCCAACGGAAAUUUGAGAUUCUCUCCUGUCAAACACCAAUGUCUUUCCCUCCUAAAGGAUUGUUCUUCCAUGCAAGAGCUAACCCAAAUCCAUGCUCAUGUCUGCACCACUGGCCUUGACUCCGAUGGGUAUCUCAUCAGUGAAAUCCUGCGAUUUUGUUCUCUGUCGCCGUCGGGGAGUUUAGAUUAUGCGCGAUCACUUCUCCUUCAUUCGCCCGAUACCAUCCCCUCUUCGUGCUGGAACAAUGUCAUCAGGGGUUAUGUUGGAAGAGAUUGUCCGAGAGAAGCCAUUGCAGUUUUCCUCGAGAUGCGGAAGCGAGGAGGAAGUCCUAAUAAGCUUACCUUCCCCUUUCUCCUCAAGGCGUGUGCUCGUCUCUCGGCUCUUUGUGAAGGGAGGCAAAUACAAGUAGAGAUUGUAAAGAACGGUGUUGAUUCAGAUGUUUAUGUCCAGAAUUCUUUAAUUCAUUUCUAUGGUUCUUGUCGUGAGAUUUCAGACGCACGUUACGUGUUUGAUAUGAUGCAUUUGAGGACUGUCGUUUCUUGGAAUACCAUUAUCUCCGCUUAUGUUGAAAGAUCCCAAUUUGAUGAUUCUAUUGGUCUUUUUGCUGAGAUGAGACUUGAUGGGAUUGAACCAGACGAGGCUUCCAUGGUGGUCUUGCUCUCUGCUUGUACUGAACUAGGGAACCUGAGCUUGGGGAAGUGGGCACAUUGUCAAGCCAUAGAAACUGGGUUGGUAAUAAAUUGUCGACUGGGUACGGCUCUCGUUGACAUGUAUGCGAAGUGUGGGAAUAUAAGUUAUGCCGGCCUCAUAUUUGAAAGAAUGCUCGACAGAAAUGUCUGGACAUGGAGCGCCAUGAUCUCGGGGUUGGCCCAGCAUGGUUUGGCGAAGGAAGCCCUUGACCUUUUUCUUGAGAUGAAGAACCGUUCAAUUAAGCCUAAUUAUGUAACAUUCCUUGGGGUCCUCUGUGCGUGUAGCCAUGCAGGCUUGGUGGAUGAUGGAUGGAGGUUCUUUCAUGAUAUGAAACAUUUGCAUGGCAUUGAACCUAUGAUGACACAUUAUGGUGCCAUCGUUGAUAUUUUGGGUCGUGCAGGUCAUCUUACAGAGGCUUAUAGGUUCAUUCUGCGCAUGCCUGUUGAGCCUGAUCCUGUUGUAUGGAGGACAUUGCUCAGUGCAUGCAGCAGCCAUGACCCUAAUGGUAGUACGGGGAUUGUGGAGAAGGUUAGAAACAGGUUGCUUGAGUUGGAACCCAGAAGGAGCGGGAAUUUUGUGAUGGUUGCAAACCUCUAUGCAGAGGUUGGGUUGUGGAAGGAAGCAUCAAAUGUUAGGAGGAUGAUGAGGGUUGGAGGAAUGAAGAAGAUGGCAGGGGAGAGUUGCAUUCAGAUUGGUGGGUGCAUCCAUAGAUUUUUGUCUGGGGAUGAUUCCCUGGUUGACCGUGAGAGCAUAGACUGGUUGCUUCAUGGAUUGUACUUGCACAUGAAGAUGGUUGACUAUGAUUUUCCUGAUACCAAGAUCCUGUCCUAACAAAUAACAUGCCAGAUUUUGUGUUCA